AUUUUUUUUAAACUAAAUAUAAUUAUUGUACAAGUUACUUUCAGUUAUGAAUGAUAAACGAAAAAUAUCCAAGGUAUCCAAUGGCAUUCCUUUCAACAGAAGACCAUUGAUGCAAAAUAAAUCUGUGUAUAAUCGUGUCAUAAAGUCAAUGAUAUCACUCGAAUUGGAAUCACAAAAAAAAUGUGUAUCCACUGAAGAUCUCAGUAAAGUUUUGACAAAAAUGGUUUACAAAUCAAAUUCAACAGAUCAACGUAUUAAUUCUAUGUAUAAAAUGUUAUCAAAAUAUCCGGAAAAAAUUGAAAAUGACUGUAAAAUAUUAAGACUUGAUCCAGCUAUUGAAUUUGAUGCUCCAGAAUCAUUGAAAAAAAAACAAGUAUCUGUUAAGCAUGAUAAUGAUAAAUAUGAAAAUGUUAAUCAUGAUUUAAAAUUUGAUGUUGAUAAAAAAAGUAUUGUCUCUCAAGAAAUUCUUGAAGACAUUGGAAAAAAAGUUUGGAAAGUACAAAUUAGUCCAAACUGUAAAGUUAAUAAUAAUAUUGACAAAUCUAAUCAGCUGAAAAUUGAUACAGAUGAAUGUACUUCAAUAAAAGCAAUGGAACCAAAUGAAUCAUUAAAUGAUACAAAUCAAUCAAAUGAAAGCAAAGGUGAUGAUAAAUCAAUGCCUGUACUGGAGGCAUUUUGGGGACCACAAGAUAUACUUCGAAAUACUAAAUCCAAAAUUCCAAAAGAAGACAAGCGAAAAUCAGUAAAACGUAAAUUGACUUAUGAAAAAAAACAACAUUUAACUAAAUCAAUUUUAUGUCAAAUUGAUAUUCCACCAUCAUUACCAAAGCCAUCAUCAUCAACAACAACUGGAAAUUCUCUAUUUCAUGAUAAAUCUAGUAUUCAAUCAAUUGAUAAAUUGCUUUCUGAUGUUAUAAUUCUUGUGAAGAAACGUAAUCUAGAUGCUCGUAAACGAGAUACCGAAAUUUUACAACAACUUGAAAAUUAUCUUCAUUCAAUUCAUCGUGAAAAUUUAUCAGAAUAA